CAAAAAGAUACACGUCUCUUUGCAGACAUCGUUUUGCUCUUCAUGAACAUGGCCAGUAAACAAUAGUGCCAUAAUUCGGACAAACACAUAUCCGGAUUGUUUACUGUCACGAGAUGGAGGAUCAGUCAAAAGACACUGGAUCUACAGAGCAGCCUGAUGGGAGCAGCAAGUCAGAAGAUGGGCAGGAAAUCCAAAAUGAAUCUAAAAAUACAGAGAAUAAAAGUGCAACACCUGGAUCAAAACCAGACACAUCCUUGGACAAAGGGGCGGACAGUGCAGAUGAACUUGAGCAAUCAGAUGAGGUGGAGGUGGACCCAGCUGUUAUCGAGAAACUUACACAUGGGGUGUUAGAAAUGUUCCUGCCAAAUCUACAGAAAGCAAAAGGCUCGCUCAAUGAAGUCUUACAUAACCAAGAAGUACUCAUAGAGACUGUACAACAAGAGAACUCCAAGUUUACCGAGUCUGCUUCAAUGAAACAGUUAAUUGAAACAAUGCAGGAAGCAAAAGCAUAUCAUGGUAAACUGGUGAAUUUGAAGAGGGAAAUGAAUAGUCUCAUGGAUAAAUCUACCAAACUGAAGCGGCGAGCUGUCAAGUUACAGCAAGAGAAACAGAAAGAAGAAUUGAGGAAAGCUGUCCAGCAGGAGCGAGAACAAGAAAGAGAACGAAUGUUGACUGCUAAAGUUGCAAAACCAUCAUCAAAGCACCAAAAUACCUAGCAUUGCGAUCCAACAGUGUUUUUUGUGUGUUUAAGAUGCUGUACAUAUUGUUUAUAUUUUAUUUAAUGGUAUAUUUUUAAAUUCAUAGACAGUUUAGUGUAUCAUACAAAAAUAGAGUUGAAGAAAAUAUAAGGAUUGUUCAAAGGCCAUUUCUUUUAAUGAAAGGGGCAUAAUUGCUUAAACUUUGAUGGGACUUCCUUGAAAUUUGAUGUGCAACCCACUUUAUUGAAAUACUCAUUUUCUGUAGCAAAAAAAAAAAAAUCAGCUGCUUAAAUUAUGUGCCAUGAUUACUUGUUUAUCAAGGAUUUAUUUGUCAGUGUAAUGUCUUUUGUUAAUUUUAGAGAAUAUUCUUCUCUCUCAUUCAGAUAUUUUUGUUCUGUUUUUGAACAAAAUUUUCUAGGAUUAGUAGAGAUCAACAAACGUUUUAUGAGACUAAAGGAAGUGAUAGUAUAAGACUGUUACCGACGUAAAAGAAAACCAAUUUUAGAUAAAACUAGAUGUGCCCCAUCUACUCUCACUAUAUUAUUUUCAUUGUUAAAAGAAAUUAAAACUGGAAAAGUUAUGUCAAGAGGAUGAUAUUACCAGUGGAAAAAAAUUUAAUGUGCAAGAAACAGAAAGUGAAAUAGAAGGUCUAAGGUACAUGCAACAUGAAAUUUUAGGCACUGCUAAGUCAGAGGCCAUAACUCUGGUCUUGCUGAGAGAAAUCUCAAACAAAAUCCCAGGUGCACAACUUCACAAGCUAAAUUAAUUCCUAUAAAGUUGCAGGUCACUGUAGGUUAUACACUAUUUAAGAUGCAACAUACAUGCAACACAAAUUUGUAGGAACUUAUGCAUAUUUUGACUAAGUCAAGGGUCAUGACUCUGGUCUUAUUAAGUGAAAUCCUAAAAGAAAUCACAGGCGUAAAACUUCACGAUGUCAUGUUGAUUAACAAUCAAGUAAUAUUUGAUUACUCUAGGUUAAAUACUUAUUGAGGUAUGUGCAACACAAUUUUUUUCUGGAAGACAGAGUAAAUCCAAGUUCUGUUUAAAAUGCAUUCAUGCUAUUAAAUUGAAUUAUAUGCUUAGCAUUUUCAAUCUCACACUCAUGUCUACAUUCUUACAGAUACACUAUAAGUGUUAGAUUAUUAUAAAUUGCUUCUGAUCAUUAACUUAUGCUGGAAACUAUCAGGCUAAUACCGGUAGGCACAAUUAUGUUAAUUUCUGGUUAUGCAAUGAACAUGAUUGCUGGUAUGUUAUCUUACUAAUUCACACCCUAUUCUUGAUACAUUAAUCAAUGUUUGGAUUAAUCAAUGUUUGGUCUUUCCAACAUGCAAAAUGCAUUAUGUGUGUGAAUGUAAGCUUAUCUAUAGUCGCUACCAGUAGCCUAUAUGGUGACUCCUCCAGAAGACUGAUAAUAACUUUUAGUUGGAGGAUGUACAGUGACAGAAAUGGAAGACCUUAUACCUGGUCCUUUCAUGCCAGAUAUAAAUGUCCAUGCCAUGCCAUGCGCAGAACUCGUCCCAUUAUUAGUCAUUUUAGUUGUAAGAGUAAGAACUCGCAUCCUAUGGUUCUGUAGUCAGUGUUACCACUGUACCACAUUGUCUGCUCUAAAAUGCAUGAAAAAUAGCAUGUUAAUGGCCUUCUGUAUUUGCAUUACAGUUCAACUUAGUCCACAUAUAUGCAUUUGGGUUUUUUUUCUCAGUAGAUCUUCCCUUUUCAGGGUGAAAAUACAAUAUAAUUUUGAGAAUAGGGAAAUUCUGAAUGGCGAUUAAAACUGUAACCCAGCAUAUUUUUAUUUUUCAUUUAUAACUGAGUGAAGUACUGUAAAGUGAUAUGGCCUACCUUAAUUUGCAGAAUAAAAUCAAAAGAUAUCAGGACAGGGAUUUUUAGGUUAAUUGUUGGUCUUUUUUUCCCAGGACAAAGAAAUUUCAAACCCUUAUAAUUAGCAUUUAAGAAUUUGUAGCUGGCUUUUUGAGUUCGAGAUAUCCACAGAUUAUAUAUUUGUAAAUUAAAAGAAUUUUUACACUGAAUUGACAUUUACCAAAGUUUAUUGUACGUUAAAAUCAGAUAUUUUCAUGUGACUACAAUCUGCUGUUUGUAAAAUUAGAAUUACUUUGUUAGGUAGACUUUUUGUGAUGUAAGGCUGGGUUGUGAAAUAUGAAAGACUAUAACAUUAAUAGCCUUUUCACAUGUAUCUAUUUGAAUAAAUUCAGUCAACCAUUACUUGCUCAAGAUUGUAAGGAAAUGAGUAAAAUGCAGAGUUAUCCAGGUUUUUAGCUCACCUGUCACAAAGUGACAAGGUGAGCUUUUGUGAUCGUGCGGUGUCCGUCGUCCGUCCGUCCGUAAACUUUUGCUUGUGACCACUCUAGAGGUCACAUUUUUCAUGGGAUCUUUAUGAAAGUUGGUCAGAAUGUUCAUCUUGAUGAUAUCUAGGUCAAGUUGGAAACUGGGUCACGUGCCAUCAAAAACUAGGUCAGUAGGUCUAAAAAUAGAAAAACCUUGUGACCUCUCUAGAGGCCAUAUAUUUCACAAGAUCUUCAUGAAAAUUGGUCAGAAUGUUCACCUUGAUGAUAUCUAGGUCAAGUUCGAAACUGGGUCACGUUCCAUCAAAAACUAGGUCAGUAGGUCUAAAAAUAGAAAAACCUUGUGACCUCUCUAGAGGCCAUAUAUUUCACAAGAUCUUCAUGAAAAUUGGUCAGAAUGUUCACCUUGAUGAUAUCUAGGUCAAGUUCGAAACUGGGUCACGUUCCAUCAAAAACUAGGUCAGUAGGUCAAAUAAUAGAAAAACCUUGUGACCUCUCUAAAGGCCAUAUUUUUCAUGGUAUCUGUAUGAAAGUUGGUCAGAAUGUUCAUCUUGAUGAUAUCUAGGUCAAGUUCGAAACUGGGUCACGUGCGGUCAAAAACUAGGUCAGUAGGGCUAAAAAUAGAAAAACCUUGUGACCUCUCUAGAGGCCAUAUAUUUCAUGAGAUCUUCAUGAAAAUUGGUCAGAAUGUUCACCUUGAUGAUAUCUAGGUCAAGUUUGAAAGUGGGUCACGUGCCAUCAAAAACUAGGUCAGUAGGUCAAAUAAUAGAAAAACCUUGUGACCUCUCUAGAGGCCAUAUUUUUCAUGGGAUCUGUAUGAAAGUUGGUCAGAAUGUUCAUCUUGAUGAUAUCUAGGUCAAGUUCGAAAGUGGGUCACGUGCCAUCAAAAACUAGGUCAGUAGGUCAAAUAAUAGAAAAACCUUGUGACCUCUCUAAAGGCCAUAUUUUUCAUGGGAUCUGUAUGAAAAUUGGUCUGAAUGUUCAUCUUGAUGAAUCUAGGUCAAGUUCGAAACAGGGUCAUGUGCGGUCAAAAACUAGGUCAGUAGGUCUAAAAAUAGAAAAACCUUGUGACCUCUCUAGAGGCCAUACUUGUGAAUGGAUCUCCAUAAAAAUUGGUCAGAAUGUUCACCUUGAUGAUAUCUAGGUCAAGUUUGAAACUGGGUCAUGUGCCUUAAAAAACUAGGUCAGUAGGUCAAAUAAUAAAAAAACCUUGUGACCUCUCUAGAGGCCAUAUUUUUCAUGGGAUCUGUAUGAAAGUUGGUCAGAAUGUUCAUCUUGAUGAUAUCUAGGUCAAGUUCGAAAGUGGGUCACGUGCCAUCAAAAACUAGGUCAGUAGGUCAAAUAAUAGAAAAACCUUGUGACCUCUCUAAAGGCCAUAUUUUUCAUGGGAUCUGUAUGAAAAUUGGUCUGAAUGUUCAUCUUGAUGAUAUCUAGGUCAAGUUCGAAACAGGGUCAUGUGCGGUCAAAAACUAGGUCAGUAGGUCUAAAAAUAGAAAAACCUUGUGACCUCUCUAGAGGCCAUACUUGUGAAUGGAUCUCCAUAAAAAUUGGUCAGAAUGUUCACCUUGAUGAUAUCUAGGUCAAGUUUGAAACUGGGUCAUGUGCCUUAAAAAACUAGGUCAGUAGGUCAAAUAAUAGAAAAACCUUGUGACCUCUCUAGAGGCCAUAUUUUUCAUGGUAUCUGUAUGAAAGUUGGUCAGAAUGUUCAUCUUGAUGAUAUCUAGGUCAAGUUCGAAAGUGGGUCACGUGCCUUCAAAAACUAGGUCAGUAGGUCAAAUAAUAGAAAAACCUUGUGACCUCUCUAAAGGCCAUAUUUUUCAUGGGAUCUGUAUGAAAAUUGGUCUGAAUGUUCAUCUUGAUGAUAUCUAGGUCAAGUUCGAAACAGGGUCAUGUGCGGUCAAAAACUAGGUCAGUAGGUCUAAAAAUAGAAAAACCUUGUGACCUCUCUAGAGGCCAUACUUGUGAAUGGAUCUCCAUAAAAAUUGGUCAGAAUGUUCACCUUGAUGAUAUCUAGGUCAGGUUUGAAACUGGGUCAUGUGCCUUAAAAAACUAGGUCAGUAGGUCAAAUAAUAAAAAAACCUUGUGACCUCUCUAGAGGCCAUACUUUUCAUGGGAUCUGUAUGAAAGUUGGUCUGAAUGUUCAUCUUGAUGAUAUCUAGGUCAAGUUUGAAACUGGGUCAACUGCUAUCAAAAACUAGGUCAGUAGGUCUAAAAUUAUUAAAAUCUUUUGACCUCUCUAGAGGCCAUAUUUUUCAAUGGAUCUUCAUGAAAAUUGAUCUGAAUAUUCACCUUGAUGAUAUCUAGGUCAGUUUGGAAACUGGGUCACGUGCGGUCAAAAACUAGGCCAGUAGGUAUAAAAAUAGAAAAACCUUGUGACCUCUCUAGAGGCCAUAUUUUUCAUGAGAUCUUCAUGAAAAUUAGUGAGAAUGUUCACCUUGAUGAUAUCUAUGUAAGGUUCAAAACAGGGUCACGUACCUUCGAAAACUAGGUCAAUAGGUCAAUUAAUAGAAAAACCUUGUGACCUCUCUAGAGACCAUAUUUUUCAAUGGAUCUUCAUGAAAAUUGGUCAGAAUUUUUAUCUUGAUAAAAUCUACAAGUUCAAAACUGGGUCACAUGAGCUCAAAAACUAGGUCACUAUGUCUAAUAAUAGAAAAAACGACGUCAUACUCAAAACUGGGUCAUGUGGGAAGAGGUGAGCGAUUCAGGACCAUCAUGGUCCUCUUGUUGAGCGAUUGAAACAUAGCAAAAUAUACCAAAGAGGGCUACGGACCAAUGAAUUAUUGGAGUUAAUAAUUGAUAUUGCAUUGUUUCACUGUAUAGCAAAAAAAAAAAAAUCCCUUGCAAAAGAAUUAUAUUUUACAAUGUAGGAUGACUUGUGUACUCUGUAUUAGAGAGAAGAAAAGAUGUGAAAAUGUUUUGAACAAUACUGUUAACAUUCCAUUGUGCAAUAUUUAUUAUCAUUAUUAAAUCUCACCAAAAGGCAAUAAUUGUAAUGUGAAAAAUCAUGAAAUAAACUAUGGAAAACUUA